AUGGCGCUUAUCGUGGAUGUCCAGUUGAAGGGCCCCACCCUCGAGGUAUUUCGGCGGCUAAUGCAAGAAAUGGAGUCUGAGGACAACUUCCGAUGCUGUGGCGUAAUGUCCAAGGUGAUCAUAGAGGCAGUUAAGAACAAGCUUCGCAAACAGUCCUUUGGCACCAGCGAUGGUGUGGCGCUCGAUUCCAAGAUACUGCUCUUGGAAGGCCAGGGCUCGGUAGAAAUAAGCCUCAAACCGACGAAAGCACAAGAGAACAUAGUCAAGAGUUUGACCAAAGUGAUACUACAUCAGAUAGGGUCCAAGAAGCAAUACAAUCUCACGGAAGGCCAAGAGAACCUGCUUCUGUCUUUGUGCGUGGAGAAUAUGCAAGUAGAACACGUCGCAGCCGCGGCCCCGUUGCGCGGAGCACACAGCUCAAUCGCUUCAGCCAUAGAAGAUAUCUUCUGUAGCGCAGAUCCUGACCUUUUGCACAAACGUGGAGCUGAACGCGAACGCGAACACGAACGCCAGCGCGAACGUCUUAGCACGUCUUUUCAAGUGAAUUGCUACUGUUGUCUGGAAUCCGAUCGCCCCAGCAGUAACUAUUCAAACAUUGCCGAGGAGUUCGAUAAGAUAGAUAUCCAAGAUUCAUGCAGCUCUGGAGAAACGGCUCGUGAAGCCCAGCCACCGCAUCCGCUUUUAGCGGGAAUUUCGUUAUCACAGGAAACUCUAUCGCAAAGCAAAAUCAGUUUUCUCCCAUCUCCAGAGUUCGAAGGACUCUGGGAAUCGCUUCAUUUUGAAGACGGUGUCAAGCAAAAACUAUCAUCUUACGCUACAAUCUCGCUGAAAUUGGCAAGCUUUUCGAAACAACGGCUCUCGCAGACACUCGUUUCCAAUAACAAAAUUCUUCUAAUUCACGGCCCGCCCGGGACCGGAAAGACAACAGUUUGUAGAGCGCUUUGCCAAAAAUUGGCCAUCCGCUGUAACAAUGAUCCCGAAAACCUAUUCAAGGAAGUCGACUACCAGGCUGUAGUGGUGGAAUUAUCUUGUUCUCGAAUUUUUUCAAGAUGGUUCGGUGAAUCUGCAAAGAACCUUGAGAAGAUAUUCCAAGAUCUCGAGCGCCUUUUGAUGAGCUCGCUGAACCAGAAUCGUUUUGUUUGCUUAUUAAUGGAUGAAGUCGAAACGCUGGCUUCAUCGAGAGAAUCACUGAUGAAGAAGAACGAGACAACGGACGGGAUUCGUGUCGUCAACACACUGCUAACCAAGCUGGACAGCCUAAAACGGUUCAACAACUUGCUAGUUUUAGCCACUUCAAACGUUGCAAGUAGUUUGGAUGCUGCCUUCCUAGAUCGAGCCGAUGGAGUGUUUUAUAUUGGCGCACCAUCAGAACAUGGAACUUGUGUCAUACUCACCUCCGCUAUACGCGAGCUUCUUGAAAUGGGAGCAAUCUAUGCCACGGAGGGGGCAGCGCUUCUCGAGAGUAGUGAAGUGCAAGAAGCUAUUCGGAAGGUUUCGCACCAGUGCGUUGUAAGUUUGCUUUGCGACAAACCACAUCAUCCAAGAGUUCGAGAAUCAUAUACUAACUACCAAAAAACAGCAAUCAGGAGCCACUGGUCGUUCAUUGAGAAAACUUCCUCUCGUGUGCAUGUCUGA